GUGACUACUGUUCAUCCAAAUCUCUUCGAUAGUCUUUCAAUACUUUACCCAAGUGUUAAUUAGAAGAGAAAAAAUUAUCAACAAUCGUGAUUAACUUCAUUGUUACUUGUUGAUAAUCAACCCUUUUUCCUUUACCUGUUUAAUUGAAACUCUUUCUGAUUACACCUGAUAACCUUUUUGAAACAGUUGAUUGUGUAUUGUUGAUAUCGAUCAGAGAGACAAUUAGAAAAGUUAAAUUGUGGUCAAGUGUUGAUUUUCUUUGUAAAUUGUGAUUGUUACAGUUAACAUCGUUAGAUAAGUAGAUAUCACGAUGAUCAAACCUUCCCCUAAGGGCAAAUCAGUUUCGUCAGUUAAAGGCAAUCAACCAAAAGUUGUCAAGAAAUUGAAAACAUCUAAUUCAAGUCCACCAGUUUUCAUCCGUUUACCAGCGACCGCUCAAUUUAUUGAAGGUGGAGAUGCGACAUUUGAAUGUCAAGUCUCAGGUGAUCCAAUGCCUGAGGUUGUUUGGACUCGACGAGGGGCCGUUAUCGUAAACGAUGACCGUCACUCCGUCAUUUAUAACCCAACCAAUGGUCAAUCCGUGUUGUCCAUUAAGAACCUUACAAUGGACGAUGAUGGAGAGUACAACUGUACAGCUUGUAACUCGGCUGGUGAAGCAUCUCUAACGGUUUCAAUUACUAAACAACCUCAACAAACUUAUUUCAGACAAAUUCAAGAGACAGAGGUUCAAUCUCGCCAACCACAACAAUUGAAUCGAGGUGGAGGACAAUACAUGGGCACAAUUCACCAAAGCCAAUCACAGACCAAGAUUCAACAAGAGAAAAGUAAUUACAUGGUUGACAGUUUAUCAGGUCCUUCUUUUUACAGUGGAACAGAUCAAAAUUUUCUAGUUGACACUUUUGAAUAUCGUUUACUUCGAGAGGUUGAUUUUCGUGAGACAAUAAUUCGUCAUUAUUAUGAGACAUUGAACAUCUUAUACGAGGGUAUCAAUGAACAGCCUCUUCCAGGUCGACCCAUAUCAGCGCCAACCGUUAUUCAGAAACCAAGAAAUUCGAAGCUUCUUGAAGGAUCAGAUAUUACAUUCCAAGCUCGAGUAACAGGAAAUCCUCCGCCUAAAAUAUAUUGGUUCAAAGAUGGACGGAUUCUGGUACCAUCGUCAAGAGUUUCCAUCAGGUAUCAGGAUAACUUGGCAACUCUUCAAAUAGUCAGUGUAACACCCGAAGAUGCUGGUUACUAUACAAUGUUUGCCGAGAAUCGAAAUGGUCGAAUCGCUUCAUCCUGUCAUCUCGUCAUUGAAGCUUUUAACAACUUUCAACCCCCAAUUCAACAACAACAACCGCUAAUUCAACAAUAUCAACAACAACAACAAUCAACAGUUUAUCAACGAACCGAGAGUGUUGAAGAUCCUUCUGGUGUAUCAAUGAAAGGACUGAAACCUCAUUUUAUCAAAACCCCGAGUGAUCUUGAGCUGCCUGAGGGUAAAAUGGUUCGAUUUGAUUGUCGAGUUGGUGGUCGUCCAGCGCCCGAAGUUACUUGGUAUCAUAAUGGUAAUCAAGUUUUAGAUGAUUAUCGACAUAAAAUAUUGAUUAAUGAGGGAGGUGUUCAUUCAUUGAUGAUCCCCGUAACUCAUCGUAAUGAUGGUGGUGCUUAUACAUGUCGUGCUCAGAAUAAAACGGGUGAGGUGACAUGUAAUGUUAAUCUUUCCAUCAUUGAGAAAGAAUUGAUUGUUGCACCUAAAUUUGUUGAACGUUUCAAAACAACUCAUAUUCGUGAAGGUGAAUCAUUGGCAUUACAUAUUCGUGCCAUCGGUACACCAAUACCUCGUCUUUCGUGGCAAAAAGAUGGUAAUCAGAUCUUUUCAUCACCACCAAAUGUUAUCAUUGAAACAAACGAGGGAUCUUCAUCAUUGUAUAUUAAUCAAGCAUAAAAUGAUGCCGGUUGGUACCAAUGUGUUGCCGCCAAUUCAGCUGGAACUGCGACAACUCGAGGUAAGGUUAACAUUAACUUUGAACCUUAUCGACAACCAACCGAGCAAACUGGCCUCUACCUACCAAAGCCAAGUAAAGUUAUCGAACCUGAACCUGAACCCUCGAGUGAGACGGUUUACCUUCGUCACAUUGAAAGACCCAAGCCAACAAUGAAACGCCAAGAUUCAGACGAAAGGUAUCAUGUAACUAGACCCGCUUUCAGUACACAUUUGCGAGAUUUGAAUGUUCGUGAAGGAGAUCGAGCCUCAUUCGAUGCUCGUCUAAUACCCAUUGGAGAUCCCAACCUGACCAUCCAAUGGUUUCACAAUGGAGCCCCGCUCAAAGCAUCAUCACGAGCCAUGACAACUUUUAACUUUGGUUAUGUGGCCUUAACUUUACUCCAUAUUACCCAAGAAGACGCUGGUCUUUAUGUUUGCCAUGCAACCAAUGAAGUUGGAGAGGCGACUACAACCGCGACAUUGAACGUCUCAAUCAGACCAGCAAUCGAAAGAUCAACAGUCCUGCCUGAAAGCUUAGAAGCCAUUAGACAUCUUGAAGACCACGAACGAUACCAAAGACACCAAUCAAUCGACGAAACUUUUUCGACAGUCCCCCCAUUGUUUGUUAAACCAUUAACAAAUUUGGACGAUAAGGUUGAAAACGGUCACGUUCAUUUUGAAGCCCAAAUAACACCAGUCAACGAUCCAACAAUGAAGAUCGAUUGGUUUUUUAAUGGUCAACCUCUUGCCAUAGGUUCAAGGAUUAGUACAAUUUUCAGCUUUGGUUAUGUUGCAUUAAAUAUUUCUUACCUACGAAUCGAGGAUUCUGGAGUUUAUCAAUGUAGAGCAUCAAACUCCAAAGGUGAAGCUGUUUCAACAGCAACACUUAAAGUAAAAAGUACCGGAGUUGUUACUGGUCGAACCGAUUUAGAGGAGCAGCAAGAGUUUAUUCGUAAAACUCAGGAAUUGGAGGCUUAUCGAUCAGCUUAUCAUGGGACAACUUUUGAAGACCCAAUACCAAAUGAACCACCAACAUUUAGAAGACAAUUAAGUAAUCAGGUUAAUAUUCUGGAAGGUCGAACAGCUCAUUUUGAGGGAACCUUGGAGCCCACAGGUGACCCAUCAAUGAAAGUUACCUGGUUGAAAGAUGGUCAACCAUUGGAAGCCUCAUCUCGAAUUAACAGUUUCUUUAAUUUUGGCUACGUUGCAUUGACCAUUGAGAAACUUGAACUUCGAGACGCUGGUGAAUACACUUGUAUUGCUUCGAACAAUCAAGGCCAAGCUUAUACAGCGGCCUUGUUAACGGUAAUCUCAAAGAAAUCUAUCAUCACUGAUGUUCAAUACGAAGAUGGUUGGGAAAAGAUUCGUCAUCUUGAAGAUUCAUCUCGUUAUCAUGGAACUCGAGAAGAAGAGAUUGAAAUCAAUGAGAGACCCAAAUUUACCAGUCCACUUGUAGGUCCAGAUAGUUUGGUUGAAGCUAAAUCAGCGCAUUUCGAAACCCGAUUAGAGCCAAUGUCCGAUCCAACCAUGAAAGUUGAAUGGUUUUUCAAUGGACGUCCAUUGACAACUGGUCAUCGGUUCAAAACUUAUUUCGACUUUGGUUAUGUUGCUCUUGACAUGUUAUAUGUUUUCCCUGAAGAUACUGGCCUAUUUACAGUUAGAGCCACAAAUAAGCUGGGCGAGGCCAGUUUGAGUAAACAGUUGAUGGUCACUUCUCGUACAUCGAUUGAUACAUCAACCAUUCAUGAAACUUCAAUGAAGCAAAUUAAAUACUUGGAACGAGAUCAUGAAGAGCCUUCAUAUGCUAUUGACGAUUAUUCCAAAGUGAAACCUUACUUUGUCCAACCACUUCGAGAUCCUGGUCAUGAAUUUAAGGAAGGGUCAAAGGUUCACCUUGAAGCUCGAAUUGAACCGGUAAAUGAUCCCUCAUUAACUGUUGCUUGGUUUUGUAAUGGUAAACCUUUGAAAACGGGGUCACGAUUUGUUACCAAAUUUGAUUUUGGUUACAUUUCAUUAGAUAUUCUUGAUCUUUUUUAUCAAGACUCUGGUGAAUAUACAGUCAGAGUGACCAAUCAAUUGGGGUCAGCACACUCAUCAGCUUCAGUAAGGGUUACCAAAGACUCGAGGGUUGUAACAGAAUCACAGUACCCUGAAUCUGUGGAUCAGAUUCGUCACCUUGAAGAUCACUCAAGAUAUAAGAGGCAAGAAAUGGUCGAGACAUCGGUAGAUCGAGCACCGAUAUUUACUAAACCAUUGAAAAAUGUUGAGACCGUUGAGGGAACAAAUGUUCAUCUUGAAACUCGACUUCUUCCCUCUGGAGAUAACUCCAUGAUGGUUGAAUGGUUUGUCAAUGGUGUAGCGCUUCCGGUUGGACACAGAUUCCGACCAAGAUACGAUUUUGAUUUCGUUUCUCUUGACUUGCUUGGUGUUUAUGCCCAAGACUCGGGUAUUUACACUUGUAAAGCUAAAAAUGCCUUAGGCGAAGCGGUAACGAGUUGUAAUAUAACAAUUUACACAAAGGAUCCAUCGGUCAUUCAAGACCCACAACAUCCUGAAGCAUAUCAACAAAUUCAGCAUUUAGAAGACCAUUCAAGAUAUAAAAGGUCAACAUCAACCGAGGAAAUUGUCGCUAGACGGCCUCAGUUUUUAACUCGAUUUAAAGAUGUUGCCGUUCGUGAAAGUGGAACUGCUCAUUUUGAAUGCCGAAUCGAACCAAUAAAUGACCCUAAAUUGCGGGUCGAAUGGUAUCACAAUGGAACUCAAAUGAUAACUGGAAGUCGAUUCCAGCCAUUCUAUGAUUUUGGUUAUGUAGCUAUUAAUAUCCUUCAAUGUAUUGAGGAGGAUUCUGGAGUUUAUACUUGUCGGAUAAUAAACGAUUUAGGAUCAGCUGAUAUGAAUGUUAAUCUAAAAGUUUCAUCGAAAGCUUCAAUUGAAUUGGCUUCUAAUAAUCCAGAAGCCUUUAAAAAGAUAAGACAAUUGGAAGAUUACUCAAGGUAUCAGCGGGAACAGGUCGAUGAGGAGGUUAUUAGAUCAGGUCCAGUUUUCACUUCGGCACCGAGAAGUUCGGUCAUAAAUGAAGGUGAAAGAGCUCGAUUCGAAUGUUCAUUAACUCCAGUUGGUGAUCCAAAUUUGAAGGUCGAAUGGUAUGCAGAUGGUAAACCUGUUAAACAAGGGUCUCGAUUUGUUCAGAUCUUUGAUUUUGGCUUCGUUGCGUUAGAAAUCAUGGGAAGUUAUGAGGAAGAUUCUGGUCGAUAUACUUGUAAGGCCACUAAUGCUUUCGGUGAAGCGAUUGUUUCAGCUGAUCUUAAAGUCCAUGGAAAACAAUCACUUAUCACUGAGCCUCAGAUACCAGAAAGUUUAGAGGCUAUUCAAGCUCUUGAAGGGCAUGGUCGAAGGAUUCGAGCUCAGAUUGAUGAGCCGGUCACAAGUCAAGCUCCUGUUUUUACUUCAGCGUUGAGAAACAUUGAACUCCAAGAGAAUGGUCAAGCUCAUUUCGAGACACGAAUUAUUCCCGUCGGUGAUCCCACUCUUCGUGUGGAAUGGUUCCACAAUGGAUUACCCUUACUUCAAGGUUCACGGGUUAAAACUCAACAUGACUUUGGUUAUGUAUCACUCGACCUUCAACGUGUUUUACCCGACGAUUCUGGUACAUAUACAUGUAAAGCAACAAACGCCUUAGGUCAAGCGAUUGCCUCAGCUACUCUCAAAGUAACUGCCACUGGAAGCAUUUUGGUUGAUUCACAAUUCCCUGAAGGAUUGCAAAAAAUUACUCGAUUAGAGUCUCAACAAAAGUAUCGACGUGAACAAAUCGAUGAACGUUCAACCGAAUCGAAGCCUGUAUUUGUAACAGCUCUCAAAGGACCAGUUGAGCUAGCCGAAGGCUCCUCUGCUCACUAUGAAUGUCGCAUUGAACCUUUCCCAGAUUCAACCAUGAAAGUUGAAUGGUAUCGUAACGGGCAACCGUUGACUUUAGGUCAUCGAUUCCGAACAAUGUUCGACUUUGGUUUCGCUGCACUUGACAUUCUCCAAGUUAUAUCUGAAGAUUCUGGUGAAUAUACAAUAAAAGCUUCUAAUCAUUUAGGAAGUGCAACUUCAUCAAUUGCAAUUCGAGUUAAAGGAAAAGAGUCGAUCAUUUUAGAGCCUCAACAACCAGAUUCUAUUGCAAAGAUUCGUGCUCUCGAAGGUCAAAAUAGAUACUACAGAGAGGAAAUUCGUGAUGUAGAAAUACGAGAAAAGCCGAACUUUGGUCGACCAUUGUACAAUCUUGAUAACCUCCAAGAAGGCCAAACAGCACAUUUAGAGGCCACUCUAACUCCGGUCAACGAUCCAUCAAUGAAAGUUGAAUGGUUUGUCAAUGGUGUUCCAAUUGCAACUGGAAGCCGAUUCAAAACUAUGCACGAUUUUGGUUAUGUAGCUUUGGACAUUGCUGAUAUUGUCCCAACUGAUUCGGGAGUUUAUAUGUGUAAAGCUACAAACAAAAAUGGCGAAGCGGUUGUAACUUGUUCAGUUCGAGUUUCUGGCAGUUCACCUAUUGAAACGGGUACUCUUCAUGAGGAAUCGUUAGCCCAAAUUCAACGAUUAGAAUCAACUUAUGUCCGUCCAACUGAGGGACCUUUACCACCCCAACAACGGCCAGUUUUCACGAAACCAUUGAAAAGUAUCGAUGGAUUGAAAGAAGGUCAGUCGGCUCAUCUUGAGUGUCGCUUAGAGCCAAUCAAUGAUCCCAAAUUACGAGUUGAAUGGUUUGUCAAUGGUAUUGCGAUUAAAACUGGCCAUCGAUUCCGAACAACUCAUGACUUUGGUUACGUUGCAUUGGACAUUCUGUAUGCAUUCGCUGAAGAUUCGGGAACUUAUAUUUGCCGUGCAACCAAUGAGCUUGGAGAAGCGGUGACAACUGCAUCAAUUAAUGUUGUGGCCAAAAAAUCAAUUUAUUCGGACACUUAUCACCCCGAAGGACUGGAGAAAAUCCAAGCUCUCGAAGCUCAAGGAUUACCUCAACGAUCUGAGAUUGAAGAUCGACCCGUUUCUAAGCCUGUUUUUGUCUCUGAACUUAGAGGUCGAAAUGAAUACAAUGAAGGCCAAGCCGGUCAUUUUGAGGGUCGUAUUGAACCAGCUCAUGAUCCUUAUCUGAAGGUUGAAAUUUAUCACAAUGGUAAACUAUUACCAGCGGGAUCAAGAUUUCAUCGAACGUUUGAUUUCGGUUAUGUUGCUUUGGAUAUUAUGUGUUUGGUUCCCGAAGACAGUGGUACUUAUACCGUUCGUGCUUUCAAUCAAUUGGGUGAAGCGAAAAGUUCAAUUAAUCUAAAAGUACAGGGAGCCUCGUCAAUCCUUUCGGACACACUUCAUUCAUCUGCUCUUCCCAAGAUUCAUCACCUUGAAAAUCCGAUAGUGGUUGAAAAAGGUCAAGAAGUGGCCACUUUCCAGAGGCCCGUUUUCACGCAAACUUUGACAAAUCUUGAUAAUCUUUCGGAAGGUGGAUCAGCUCAUUUAGAGUGUAGACUAAUUCCCGUCGGUGAUUCUAACCUUAAAGUUGAAUGGUUCCGUAAUUCAGUUCCACUUCAAAUGGGAUCAAGAUUCAAAACGACUCAUGACUUUGGUUUCGUUGCUUUGGACAUAAUGUACCUUAUGCCCGAUCAAGACGCUGGUAUUUAUAUGUGCAAGGCUACUAAUCAACUUGGUGAAGCAAUUACAUCUUGCUCAUUGAAAAUUAAAACUAAAUCAUCACUCGAAUUGGAUACAAAACACCCUGAAGGAUUACAAAAGAUUCGUCAACUUGAAGAAUCAAGUAACAAAAUCGAAGCUUUUAUCCCUGAAAAGAUUUACGAAAGGCCAGUGUUCACAUCUCCGUUGGCUGGUCCUUCUGAGGUCAACGAAGGCCAACCAAUUCAUUUUGAAGCUCGUGUAAUACCAACAGAUGAUCCUAAUUUGCAAAUUCAAUGGUUUGUUAAUGGAGUCGAAUUACAAUCAGGUUCACGAUUCCGAGCUUCGAAUGACUUUGGUUUCGUCACACUCGAUAUCGCUCAUGCUUAUCCAGAAGAUUCCGGAGUUUACAUGUGCAAAGCUGUCAAUGGAGCGGGUGAAGCUGUUACAUCAACCUCAGUUCGAAUUAAAUCUAAGUCGUCGAUUCUUUUGGACUCAUUACAUCCUGCCGCAGUACAAAAAACCGCUUGGUUGGAAAGCGCUUCAUCUCGAAUACCUGAGCAAAUUGACACCAAACCGGUGAAAGCGCCAGUUUUCAUCCGACAUUUAACUUCACAUGAAAUGUUGAUUGAAGGUUCAAAUGUUCACAUUGGUGGUCAAGUUGAACCAGUUGAUGAUGAGAAACUGGUCAUUCAAUGGUUUAAGAAUGGUAAACAAUUGGAAGAGGCUUCACGAAUUAUAACACGAUUCGACUUUGGUCUGGUUAGUUUAGAUAUUGUUGGUGUUAGACCAGAUGAUUCGGGAAUUUAUACUUGUCGAGCAGCAAAUGCAGUUGGUGAAGCAGUUUCUACUUGCACAAUUAAAGUCGAGAGUAGGGAAAGUUUGGUUCUUGGUACUGAGCAUCCUGAAAGUUUACAGAAAAUUCGGGAACUUGAAUCUUACCAAGUUAUCCGAAAAGAAGCCGCUGAGCCAGAGUUUUCGGCCCCUGUUUUCAUCACUCAUUUGAAUAAUGUUGAACUAAAAGAAGGUCAAACAGCUCACUUUGAAUGUCGUGUCGAACCUUCGAAGGACAAUAGCUUACAAAUUGAAUUUUUCCACAACAAUCGGCCUCUUAUAACGGGAUCAAGAUUCUCGGUUAAAAAUGACUUUGGUUUUAUCACUUUGGACAUUUCAUCGGCUCAAGCAGAAGAUGAAGGUAUAUAUACUUGUCGAGCUAAAAAUUCAAAGGGUCAGGCAAUUUCUACUGGAUCACUUAAGGUCACAUCGAAAUCAUCAAUCAUAUUAACACCUCAACAUCCUAUGGGUCCUGAGGCAUUGGAAAAGAUUCAACAAUUAGAGGCACGAUCUGGUUACACCGCUCCAAUUAUGGCCGAUGUUACUUAUCCCAAGCCAUAUUUCGUUGUUCCUCUUCAGCCCAAUUUCACCGUCAAUGAAGAUCAACCUCUUCACCUUGAAUGUCGUGUCGAACCUUCAGCAGAUCCAAAUUUGACCAUUGAAUGGUUUGUCAAUGGGAAACAACUUGACAUGGGAAAUAGAUUCAAUUUAAUAAACGAUUUUGGUAUCGUUGUUUUGGACUUUAAAGAUGUCCGAGAACACGACAGUGGUAUUUACUCGUGUAAGGCCAGAAACGCUCAAGGAGAGGCAUUUACUUCGACAACUAUUUUAGUCGUUUCCUCAGACACUAAGAUCAUUGAAUCAACUCUUCAUCCUGAAGGGCAAAAAGGUUUAGAUGAGAUUCAUCGUCUUGAAGAAUCUUUGAGACGAAAAGAGGUCACUCUCGCCCCAGAGGAAGGGCGAGCACCGGUAUUUACAAGUCUAUUUAAACCUUUGUCCAAUCUAACGGACGGCGAUGCUGCUCAUUUCGAGGCUACACUAGAACCUGUCGGAGAUCAAACAAUGAACGUUGAAUGGUUCCACAAUGGUAAAACACUCAACAUUGGACAUCGAAUUCGAACUUACUAUGCCUUUGGUUUAGUUCUACUUGAAAUAAUUGAUCUGAGACACGAAGAUAUCGGUGAAUAUCGAUGUGUCGCAACCAACAAAUGGGGAAGAACUGAAGCAACUGUCCAAUUGACGAUGGUCGAUCGUGAGAAGGGAGAGAAACCUAAAUUCACUAAGCAGCUCAGCUCACUGACUAAUCUCAAGGAAGGAGAUUCAGCUCACUUUGAGUGUAAUCUUAUUCCUGUUGGUGAUCCAAAUCUUUUCGUUAAAUGGUACCACAAUCGAGUUGAACUUCGAGAGUCCUCGCGAAUCAAGACAAUCUCUGAUUUCGGAUACGUUGUUAUGGAUAUUUCGUUUGCUCAUGAAGAAGAUUCUGGAGAAUAUGUUUGCGUUGCCACCAAUAAAUACGGUUCUGAUGUUACUCGAUGUACUCUAACAGUUACAGGAUCUGGUGGAAUCUUGAGAGACUCUUUGCAGCCUCAAAGUUUGGGUGCAAUUGCGGCAUUAGAAGGUUCAAAUGCUCCUUACAGUCGCUCUCAUGUUCAAGUUGAUUCGACCCUUUCCGCUCCACCCAAAUUUAUUACUCAAAUUAAUUCAUUAACUGGACUUAUCGAAGGACAAUCUGCCCACUUUGAGGCACAAUUAACACCACCCAAUGAUCCUUACCUUAAAGUUGAAUGGUAUGUUAAUGGUAAACUAUUGCCCAAUGGUCAUCGAUUCCGAGUCUUCCAUGACUUUGGAAUUGUUAUUCUUGAUAUUCUAGACUGUGUUGCUGAAGAUUCUGGUGAAUAUGUUUGCAAGGCAACCAACAAAUUGGGUACCGAUAUCACUCGAGCAAUCUUAACAAUUAAAGCUCGAUCUUCAGUUAUUUAUGAUCCACAAAUUCCACCUGAAAUGGCCUCAAACGAAAGGAUCAUUGAAAUUGAAGAAAUGAGGUCUCGUAAACGAACCGAAUUGACAGAAAUAGUUAGAAGUGAAGCUCCGAGAUUCAUAAAACCGCUUGAAAAUCCACCCGUACUUAGGGAAGGUGAAAAUGCUCAUCUCGAAGCUAAAUUAACACCAACCGAUGAUCCCGAUCUUCAAGUUUUGUGGUUCAAAAAUAGUGUCGCUCUUCAAGCUUCAACUCGUAUUCGAACCAUUCAUGAUUUUGGCUUUGUUGUACUCGAAAUUAGUCCAAUUUAUCCAAGUGAUUCAGGUGUUUAUACAUGUAAAGCGGUCAAUAAAUUUGGCGAAGCAGUUACGACCUGUACCAUUCAGAUCACUGGUAAGCGGUCAAUUAUUUUGGAGAGUCAAUUACCUCAAGGAAUGGAAGGUGGAAUUGAAAAGAUUGCUGCUAUCGAAGAAGCUGCAUCAAGGGUUAGUGAGGCAACUUUGGACACCGAAAUUAAACAACCACCCAAAUUUUUAUCAUCGCCCGAAGAUCAAGAGCUUCCUGAAGAUGCUAUGGGCCAUUUUGAGUGUCGACUAACUCCGGUAACCGAUCCUACAAUGAAAGUCGAAUGGUUCUUCAAUGGACGUUCUCUAGUUACUGGAAGUCGAGUUAAAACCAUCUCAGAUUUUGGUUUUAUCAUCCUCGAGAUCGCUGGUGUCUAUUCCCGAGACACAGGUAUUUAUACAUGUAAAGCCUCAAACGCUUACGGUGAAGCUACUGUUUCUUGUCGACUUACCGUUAAAUCAAAACAAUCAAUCAUCUUGGAGCCUCAAUUACCGGAAUCAUUUAUUACUGGCACUGAAUCUAUUCAAAAAUUAGAAGCGAAUCUUUGGCGAACACCCGAAAUGAUCUACGAUCAGGAGAAAUCAAUGCCGCCACAUUUUGUUACACAUAUUAAGGAACUUGAAAAGGCAGAAGGUGAAUCAGCCCACUUCGAGUGUCGCCUUGAGCCCGUUGGUGAUCCAUACCUUAAGAUUGAAUGGUAUCACAAUGGAGUCAUACUGUUAACCGGAUCUCGAGUUCGAACUGUUAAUGACUUUGGUUUUGUGGUUCUCGAAAUUGACUGGCUUCUCCCCAGAGAUACUGGUGAAUAUGUUUGCCGAGCAACAAAUAAAUUUGGCACUGAUGUGACCAAAGCUAUUCUCAAAGUAAGAUCUAAACGUGAUAUCAUCUUAGAUCCUCAACUUCCUCCUGAAUUUUCAGUUGAUAAACUGAAACAAUUGGACAUGAGGGCAAAAAGCACUUUGGUCGAAGAAGAGAGCAAACUUCAAGCUCCUCGAUAUAUUACUCAUAUUCAAUCACUUGAAAAUCUUAUCGAAGGAGAUUCAGCUCAUUUCGAGUGUAAAUUGUUACCUGUUGACGAUCCUCAGCUUAAAGUCGAAUGGUAUCACAAUGGUGAACCUUUAACCUCUGGACAUCGAUUCAAGACAACCCAUGACUUUGGUUUUGUUGCUCUUGACAUUCUGUAUGUUCACCCUGAAGACUCAGGUGAAUACAUCGCUCGAGCAGUGAACCAGGUUGGUGAAGAUGUGACUCGUGCAAUCAUCCGAUGCCGCGCUCGACAAAAGAUUAUUUAUAAUCCUCAGCUUCCUAAGGAAAUGGAAAGUGGAAUCCAAAAAAUUGCUCAAAUUGAAUCUUCUCGUCAAAGGUUUGAAAGUGCUGGAGACGCUGGUAACCAAGAAAGAGGUCCUCCAAUGUUUGUCAUGAAACCCGAACCUCAAACUGUACUGGAAGGAGACUGGGCCAAAUUUUGUUGUCGUGUCAUUGGUUAUCCUCGACCUCGAGUUAUGUGGGUUCUUAAUGGUAACACCGUUAUCAAUGGUUCUCGAUACAAGUUAAGUUAUGAUGGAAUUUAUCAUUUGGAUAUACCAAAGUCCCGACAAUAUGAUAAAGGAAAGGUUGAAGUUUAUGCUCGAAACAUCCUGGGUGAAGCUCACGUUUGGACAACAUUAGAUGUGCGACCUCGAAACGACGAUUAUCGAGCGGUUCUUAAACAUUCACCUCGACCUUGGUACGAUUACGAUAUUGGCAGAUAUCAAAAGGAAAGAAAAGAAACUGAAUUGGAUAAAAUAUUCGAGGAGAAACUUACACCUGGUGGAACUGAGAAAGAGGUUUGGAGAACCGAAGAAAGUGAAGACGAAAGAGUUAAAAUCAGAGAAUAUCAAAAAGAUCAAGAGGCUGCUCCUGAAAUCAAACGCUAUACAACUGAGGCUAUUUAUGCCGACAGAAAAGCGAUCCAAGAAUCCAAGCCUGAUGGUCAAUCAAAUGUAUCUUUGAUGGCGAAAUCAUAUCAAAGUCAUGUUGCUUCACAAUCAAAGGAGCCUUUGGAAUCAGUUGUUCAUGGAAAGGAAAUUUUCACCAAACAACAGAAACAAAUCCAGAAAGAGUUGCAAGGUGAUCUAGAAAUCACUCGAAAAAUCAGAACUACUGAAACAUUGUCACAAGAGCACAAAGGUGUCACUAAAGAGAGAGUCGUGAUUGGACCUCCAAGGAAAACACGACCACCCGAAUUCACCAAAAAGACUCAACCAGUUCGAGUCUAUGAAGGUGAAAGAGCAACAUUUGAAUGCCAUUUUACUGGUGAUCCUGCACCGAUGAUCACAUGGUUCAGGGAAAACUUUGAAAUUCAAAAUUCAAGAGAUUUCCAAAUCGAAACAACCGAAACAAAGUCAAGUCUCACAAUUCGAGAAGUUUAUGUUGAAGAUUCCGGUGUUUUCUCUGUAAAAGCUGAAAAUCCUGCUGGCUCAGCGAAAAGUUCUGCUAAUCUCGUUGUCGAAGAGAGAAAAGACCAUAAAUCAGGAGCAGUUCCACCAAGUUUUUCGAGAACAAUCGAAGAUACUCGUGCCACUGUUGGUGAACUAGUUCGACUUGAUGCUCGAAUUGUAGGUUCCAAGCCAUUAGAUGUUUAUUGGCUCAAGAAUGGAACAAAAAUAUUACCUGGAGUUACUCAUAAAAUGAUCGAAGAUGAAGAUCAGAAUACUCUUCUCAUAUUAGAAGCUCUUGCAGAUGAUAGUGGAUCUUAUGAAUGUGUUGCAAUUAACCAAGUAGGUGAAGCUCGUUGUUCUGCUAGAGUCACGAUCGAUGGACCCAAAACCCCUUCCGUCCCAUCAACACCAACAACAUCCUUGCCAGGAAAAGAGAAACCACCAAUGUUCACUGAACAAUUGCGAGAUAUAGUUGUCAAUGAAGGUGAACCAGUGACAUUUAAGUGUAAAAUCAGUGGAGUUGCAGCGUCUCAAGUAUCUUGGUACAAAGGGGAUAGUCUAAUCAAACAAUCACGUUACUUCAGAAUGGGACAUGAAAGAGACACUUUUACAUUAAAAAUAUCUGAAGCCUUCCCUGAGGACGAAGGGGUUUAUAAAUGCACAGCUACAAAUUCAUUGGGAAGAAUCACAACAUCAGGACGUUUACAAGUAAUUCUUCCAGAUUCUUUAACUAUUCCACCAAGUUUAACCCCACUUCAAGACUUACGAGUACCCGUUGGAACUCCGGCUCGUUUUGUCUCUUCACUUUCAGGAUAUCCAACUCCUUCUAUUUUAUGGUACAAAGAAGGACAACUUAUUCAACCUAAUCGUGAUUUCCAGAUGUUCCAAGACAAUGCUUCCUGUUCACUUGUGAUUCGACAAGUGUAUCCUGAAGACAGUGGUACUUAUAUUUGCUGCGCAACUAAUGACUUGGGUGAAACAGAAACGAAAGCUAGGCUAAUUGUUGAACAAAUUAGCAAAUAAUAAUAACCCUAAGUUUGAAUUGGCGUAAAUUUCAUGAACAAAAAAUUUAUUCUUUGAUCCAUUAAAAACUAAGCAUCAUUUAAACUUUUGUCUAUAUUUUGAAUUGUGAAAAAAAACUUAAAACUUAAAACUUGAAACUAAACUUACUCAAUAAAUUAUACUUAUUAACAAAUCAAA